AUGACCAUGAAGCGCAUCCAAAUAACCCCAAACACCUCUGUCCCUCCCACAAAGCUCAACAUACCCGUUCCUGACUCCCUCCCCUCUGCCAAAGAAACCAAAAUCCACCCCAGCAACGCCCAAUCAUCCGACACCAACGCCUCGCUCUUCUUCGUCGGAACCGCAACCACCAUCCUAGAAUGGGAGGGCUUGCGUAUCCUAACAGACCCCAACUUCCUUCACGCUGGUGACCAUGUCCACCUAGGGCCAGGCGUGAGUUCAACAAGACGAACAGAUCCUGCAAUCGACUUGGAGGAACUACCAAGGAUCGACGUUAUUUUACUGUCACACUACCAUGAAGACCACUUUGAUAAGGAGGUGGAGGAGAAAUUGACAAAGAAUAUUCCAAUUGUCACGACGCCUCAUGCGAAGGAGUGCUUGACGAACAAGGGGGAUGAAUCAUUCACUAGUGUUCAUGCUCUUGAUUUCUGGGAGAGUCUGAUUCUGGACGUGGCAUCAGCUAGCAAGACAUAUGGCAGUAGUUUAAAGCCUAGUAUCAAAGUCACAGGUAUGCCAGGAAAGCAUGUUCCAGACGGUGCACUGGCUGUUGCAAAUGAUGUGCUCGGCGCGGUACCACCAACCAAUGGGUGGAUGAUUGAGCUGGGUUACUCGAACUCGUCUUCGCCGGACAGCUUCGAGAACGGUUACCGGAUCUACAUCUCGGGAGAUACGUUGAUGGUCGACGAACUGAAAGAGAUACCAGAGCGCUACAAGGACCGUAACAUCGAUCUAAUGUUGAUCCAUCUCGGUGGAACGACGAUCCCGGGCCCCAAGUUACCUUUACUCAUGGUUACCAUGGACGCGAAGCAAGGCGUGCAGAUGAUGCAACUCAUCAAUCCUGAUCUCACAAUUCCAAUCCACUACGACGAUUACGAUGUCUUUCUGAGUCCGCUGGAAGAUUUCAAGAAAGCAGUACGUGAAGCAGGCCUGGACGAAAAGGUCGUAUACCUAGAUCGCAAAGAUCAAUUCAAGUUCAACGUGCAACAAGGCCGGAGAAUUCAAUAA